AACUUUGACUGACAAACUCUGACGUCACCGUGUUUACUACGUGCUGCAGCUCUGCGUCCAGAGUUUGGGCGCUUUAAAUCCACUCAGACGGGAAAUUUUUCUGGAGCCAUAUGACGUGAAAGGAGGAACACGCCUGUCACACAGGAGCCCGGUGUUUCCCCGCACAAAGAACAGAAAGUCGACCGAAAAGAGGAACAUCAUCUUGUGCGGUAGAAAAAAAGAAAGUUUUUCAGCGGAGGGUUGAGCGUGGAGCGGUGAUGACGUCAUGGAGCUAGGCUAACAGCAAAACCCUUCGCUUAGUUUUCUUCUUCAGCCAAAUGCGCGUCCAGCCGCACUUCAAGGACCAUGGUCAACAAAGAGGAGUUAGAAGAGAGGCUGAGGAAGCUCCUGGUGCGGUUAAACAUCCCGCAAGAAGACAGGCAGCUGUGCACGUUGAUUCAAAUCAUCCAGGACCUGCUUUUUCUGACGCACACAGACUGCGCACAUGAACUGUUUGAAGGCAAAUCGGUCCACGUGCCCCUCAUGGUCAUGCUGCCAUCCUACUUCAACAGCAGAGACGUCCAGGAGGUGGGCUGUUCACUGCUGUGUCGGCUGAUUGAGAUAUGCCCCGACACUCUGGAUCAGCUGACCAGACCUCUGCAAGUAGUUAAGGACUGGGAGGUACUGAAAGUACAUGAGCACAUCUUGAAAAUACUGUCUCACUACAUCACAGACCGCACAAUGACCAUGGUUGGACUUCGGGCUCUGGCUCUCCUACUCAGAUCAGAUUUGGUUCCUCUUCUGGUGCUGGAUGAGAAUGAGGAUGUGUUUGGCCUUGUGGUACAUGCGAUGACAACAUAUCCUACCUGUGAAGAAGUGCAGCUCCAAGGCUGUGGAGCUCUGCAGCUUCUCCUGGAGAAAGUAAGUGAUGAACACCUUAUGGAGUUUGUGGAGAACCAGGACCAUGUUGUGGUUCUAGAGGCUCUGCAGAGGUUUCCAGAUAACCCCAAUCUUCUUCUGCAAGCCAUGAAGGUGCUGCUUCCACUUGCUGGCCCUGGGAGCAACGUGGAGGUGUUAAUGUCAGGAGGAGCUCGCUGUUACAGCAUUCUCAUUGCAGCUAUGGAUGCUUUCCAGGAUGUGGAGGAGCUGCAGGAGAUGGCCUGCUGUCUGUUCAGGAUGUUUCUUUCAGAGAGUUACUACAGCAUCCUGGUCCAAAACGGUGCUAAGAGGGUAACAGUGAGAGCCUGCCAUGCAUUCCCUGACAACGCCACGCUGCAAGCUGCUGCACUGUCUUGUCUGGCUGAACUCACUGCCACCAUCGUGCAGACCAAGGUGGUGGCUGAGCAGGGUCUGGAGGAAGGAGAGGAGGAUGAGAACAGGGGAAAAGUAGAAGUGGAGGACAUUAGCCUGGACUGGAUGGAGUUCUGCUGUACUGCACUGGAUCUCCACGCUGCUGAUCCACAUGUACAAGAAGCUGCCAGUUGGGCCAUUCACAAUCUCUUACUGCAUGGAGGUGGACUGAUUCAUUCAGCAGAAGAGCAGGAUGAAAGGAAGAGCAGGACUCCGAUUCACAGACAGCUAAUGGCAUCCAUGCUGCUCCAUUUAUCCUCCCCCAGAGUCUUCCAAGCUACAACGACUGCUAUGGCCACACUCAUCACACACAACAGUAAAAUGCGUUCUUUACUGCUUACGAGUGGACUUCAUGUCAACGUAGUGGAGAUGAUGAAGAGACACUCCACAUCUCCUGUUGUUUCCAUCAGCGCCUGUAAACUGCUCCACCUCCUCUUUCAGGGCAGGACGGCCAAUCUGGAUGAGCUGAACAUGGCCAUGAGUCAGAUCCUGAAUGUCAUGAAGGUGCACAACUUUGAGCCAGAAGUUCAGCUGGAGGCCCUGCAGGCCAGCCUGGUCUUCCUCUGCCCAGACAGGUGUUUACAGGAGGAUGGCAUCUCAGUGGCUGACCCUGACUUGGCUGACGUAUCAUUGAAGGUCUUGAAGAACCAGUGUAUUGUCGAAGGAGCUCACAUCAUCUACCUUGAAGUUCUCAACAGGUUUAUCAGCAGCUCAUCCAUACAGAAGUGCGGUUUGAAGGCGCUGUUUUCUCUGGCUGACUGUUCCGGGGCAGUGGACCUACUCUGCCAGCAGGGGGCAAUAGACACAGUGCUUCACACACUACAGAUGUUCCCACAGGAACGAGAGAUACACUACUGGGGUCUGAAGCUGCUCUGCUACCUUGUAUCUAAAAAGAAGCUGUCUCAGAUUAUUGUACCAGUUCUGGCUUCAGUGGUGAUUUCCUCUCUCAACCAGCACAGAGGAGACGCAGAGAUGGUCCUGAAGUGUUUCCAGGUAGCACUGAGGAUGAUGGAUGCCUGUUCAGCAGCUGCUGCUGACUUACAAAGAGAGCACUUUGACAGACAGAUCUUCCAUCACCUCCAAGAGGAAUCACUCAAUCAGAGCAAUAAUAGCCAACUCCAUACGAUGGUGUGCCUGGCUCUAUCGAAGAUGUGGUGUGACUCAGAUCUACACUACAGCAUGCUGGAAAAGGCCUGUAAGGACGGAGACGUAGUGAUGGUUGAGUGUCUGAUCGAGCUGGGUGCUGACAUCAACUGGAAAUCCAAAACGGAAUCUCUUUUCUGGCAGGUGUGUGAGAGGGGUGGGCCAGUUGCACUGGUUGAGAUCCUUCUGAGCCGAGGCGUCUAUGAGCAACACCUGUGCAAGGCUCUGGCGCUUAGUGUGAAGCGGGACGAUGGCCCCAUCAUUAUUCAGCUACUGAGUCGUCUGGGUCUGGACAUCAACAGUGGCGCUCUCUGUCUGGGGGGCUUUCGAUUGGGUCACCUGCAUGCUGCCUGGCUAAGCCCCCUGUUGGGUGGAAGAGGCCGAAUGCACAGCACGCGUAACAGUAACAGUAAAGGUGUACGUUUGGCCAGGUACAUUCAGUCUUUACAAAGGUCAAGAAAAAUCAGUGCUACUUCAAGGCCUCCGGCUGACUCCUGUCUGACCUCUGGCUACCUUUCCGAUGGGAGUGAUGACUCUACUUUCAGCUUUGUGUCUACAGAAGACACCCCAUUUCUUUGUGACGACAUGGACAGUGACGGUAGUAAUUCAGUGCCAUGCAUUCCAUCGCCAAUGACUCGCUGUAACUCAGAGGGAGGCUCUGUCAUUAGAAAUCAGGAACGUCGCAGGAGGUUCAGUGCAGAGAACGGUUACAUUGAGAAUGAACUGGGUGAGUCUGUGCACAGGAGGUGCAGAAACACUGCCUCCAGCCAAAAAGCCGAGAACUCCAUCACUCUGCCAAAGGACAGGGAGACGAUCCGCAUGCUUGAUCUCUCAGGAAAUGAGCUGGACUCUUUGUCCUGUUUGGUGGACAACAGCACCGUCCAACGCCAUUUGGGGCAUCUCUUCCGCUUGGACAUGAGCCACAACAAUCUGCAGGAGCUUCCUUCAGCACUUUGUCAGAGCUUGAGGAGUCUGACUCGAAUAGACCUCCAUGGCAACCAGCUCCAGUCAUUUCCAUUUGAGAUGCUGGGCCUUCCUUCUUUGAGUGUGCUUAACAUCUCUCACAACUGCAUGGGUCCCAAACUCAUCUUUAAUCCCACAUUUACAUGCCCAUCCCUACGGCAGCUCAAUCUGUCUUUCAAUAAAAUCACUACAUUCCCGCAAGAGCUGGGCCAGGUCAUGGAUCAUCUGGAGGAGCUGUGGAUAGAAGGUAACUUGAUAACUGAACUUUGCACGCCUCCAUGUCUGCCAGAGAUCAGGUUGCUCGACGUGAGCAAAAACAAUGUGGAGAAUAUUUCUACUUCUUUCCUCACUGGCUGCCCUAAACUGGAGACUUUCGUUGCCUCCAUCAACAAACUUUAUUCCCUCUCACAUUUUCCAUGCAAAAUAACAACACUGAAACUAGCAAACAACAGCUUCACUCACAUUUCUGAGGCUAUUUGUGGUCUCCCAAACUUGCAGUCAGUGGACAUGAAAACCAAUAACAUUGUUGACCUGCCAGGCCCGGCAUCCUGGGUUUCCAGUAACCUCAGAGAGCUCAUAUUCAGUCAUAAUUCUAUCACAGCAUUGGAUCUGUGCGGGCCAAUCGAUAAGUGGGCCAGACUGGAAAAGCUCCACCUGAGUGACAACAAGCUUACUGAGAUUCCUCCACAGAUUGGCUCAUUGGAAGGUUUGACCUCGUUGGAUGUAAGCCAUAACUCUGGUAUACGGUCCUUUCCUGAUGAGAUGGGGAAACUGGGCCGGCUGUGGGACCUGCCAUUGGAUGGACUUGACCUUCAGCUUGACCUCAAACUCAUCGGCAACAAGACCAAAGACAUCAUUCGAUUCCUGCAGCAGCGGCUGAAGAAGGCAGUUCCCUACUACAGGAUGAAGCUUAUAGUGGUUGGGAAUGCCGGAAGCGGGAAGACCACUUUGAUCCAGCAGCUGAUGAAGCGCAAGCGCUCCAAGUUGAACUCAAAGCGGACCAAUGUUGGAAUUGAUGUACUGGACUGGACCAUCCGAGAAUGGGACAAGAAGAAAAUGGUGUUGAACGUGUGGAACUUUUCAGGUGGAGAGGAAUUCAUUGGCUCCCACCCUCACUUUCUGUCCUCCAGAGCUCUCUACUUGGUGGUAUAUAACCUCAGCAAAGGAGCCGGUCAGUUAGAUGACCUCAAACCGUGGCUGUUCAACAUCAAAGCUGUGGCCCCGACAUCUCCAGUUAUUCUGGUGGGAACCCACACGGAUGUGAGUGAGGACCUACACCUCCAGGCCUGUCUAACUAAGAUCUCAGAGGAGCUGCUGGACCACCAGGGCUUCCCUGUCAUCAAAGGCCAACACAUGGUGUCUGUGUACGAGGACUCUGACUCCAUAGCCAAGCUCCGCAAGUCCAUCAUCCGAGAGGCCAACAACUUUAAGCUCCAGGGGCAACCUGUAGUAGGUCAACUGGUUCCAGACAGCUAUGUGGAGUUGGAGCGCAGGCUUCUUCAGGAGAGGAACAGGGUUUCUCCUGAGUUCCCUGUCCUCAGACACCAGGAGCUGAUGCAGCUAAUCCAGAAAAGUCAGCUGCAGCUGGAGGAACCUGAGCUGCCACAUGCUGUCCACUUCCUCACUGAAGCCGGAGUUGUACUGCACUUUGAUGAUCCUGUACUUCAACUCCAGGAUCUGUAUUUUAUUGACCCACAGUGGCUGUGCAACAUCAUCUCUCAGAAACUGACACUAAAUGGCUGUGGCACCAGGGAGGAUUCUAAUGGAGUUGUUCAGUAUGCAUUGGUGGAAAAGUUCUUGUUGGAGAGCAGAUGUUUCCCCAAGAGCUACCUGAUGCACAUUUUCAAACUGCUGGAGAAGUUCCAGGUUGCUUUGCCAUUGGGAAAGGACCAGCUGUUGGUACCCAGCAGUUUGUCCAAAGACAGACCAAUAAUAGAAUUGCCCCACUGUGAGAACUCUGAGGUAAUUGUGCGUCUGUAUGAGAUGCCCUAUUUCCCCAUGGAUUACUGGUGUCUGCAGAUCCGUCGCUUACUCGAGGUCUCGUCCUACUUACUGUGCGAAAGAGAGAAAGUGGUACAACCCAGUUGUCGCUGCUGGAGGAGAGGAGUGUACCUGAGCUGGUCCUCAGAGGCUUACUGUCUGGUGGAGGAAAACCCCAUCAGCUUCAUCAGAAUAACCGUGCCUUCUUCCUGCAAAGGCCGGGUGCUACUGGGUCAGGUGGUGGAUCACAUUGACUCCCUCCUGGAGGAAUGGUUUCCAGGCCUGCUCAACACUGACAUGCACGGCAACGGCGAGGCCUUGCUGAAGAAGUGGGCUCUUUAUAGUUUUGAGGAUGGGCAAGAGUGCAAAAAGAUUCUUCUAGAAGAUUUGUUUACCUGUUUUGACAAUGAGUUUCUCCUGGUGGACCCAGAGAAUUCCCGGUGUACACUUCCCCUCUCUCAGAUUGCCCCUGACUUGGUACUGAGUGACCAGCCAGCAGGAACAAUUCUGGACAGUGAGGAGCUGGUUCAGGAAUGUCAACCAGAGCUGUUGCUCGUGAUGGGUGGCUUUGGAACGGUCUAUAGAGGCAUCUACAAAAAUGAAGAAGUAGCUGUGAAGAUAGUCAACAAACAUGCAUCUGAGCUUACAUCCACAGGCCUCCUGAGACAGGAGUUGGCAGUUUUGGGUCGUCUCUGUCACCCCAGCCGUAGCCUGCUGGCCGCCGGCCCCUCACCCAAAGUCCUUGUUAUGGAGCUGGCUCCGCGAGGCUCAUUGGACUCUUUGUUUGGACGUGGCAGUGGCAGCCUCAGUCAAAAGCUCCAGCACAGGAUAGCUCUGCAGGUGGCUGACGGACUCAGGUACCUCCACUCACACAUGAUCAUCUACCGGGACCUGAAGCCCCAUAACAUCCUCCUUUUCAACCUGAAGACAGACUCGGAGAUCAUUGCAAGAUGACGGACUACGGCAGUCGCUCAGUACUGCUGCAGCAUGGGUGUGAAGAGCUCAGAGGGCACUCCAGGACAGGUUUUCCGAGCACCAGAGGUGGCUCGGGGUAAUGUGGUCUACAACCGCAGGCUGAUGUAUUCUCUUGGACUCCUCCUUUAUGAUCUCCUCACCUUUGGUGAGCGAAUUUCAGAUGGCAUGAAGUUUCCCAGUGAGUUUGAUGAGAUCGCUGUGCAUGGAAAACUACCAGACCCAGUAAAUCACUAUGGCUGCUCCCCGUGGUUAAGCUACCAGGCGCUGAUGAAGGACUGCCUAAAGGAAAACCCUCAGGAUCGACCAAACUCUGCUCAGGUUUUUGAUCGGUUGAAUUCGGGAGAGAUGCUUUCUCUGAUGGAGGAGCUGGUGGUUCAUAGGGCUUUGAAUGCUGAGUGCCUCACAGUGAGCCGUGACAGCAGUGAUAGUUCCUUGUCCAGCCACAGGGUGUGGCUGGGAGGUGGCAGCACCACGCAGAGGAUUGGCUCUGUGACAGCUGUAGAUCUGGACACCAACAGCGUCACAACACAGGAGAUAGACGUCAGUCCCAUCCUCUGCCUUGUGACAGUUCAAAUCCCAGGCGAGAGCUCUGAUUGGCUUGUGGCAGGCACCCAGUCUGGCUCCUUGGUGGUCAUCAGCACUCAAGACUUGUCGACUUGGCACCAUCUGCAGAGGGUCACUGAUGCCGUUACCUCACUGUUUUUCCAUGUACAUGCCAGUCGUAUACAAAGAAAGAAUUAUUUGCUGGUUGGUGCAGCAGAUGGAAUUCUCACCGUUUAUGAGGACACAGUACUGUUGCAGGAGAAUGGCCAGCCGGUGAAAACUCUCAGCAUUGGGAGUGUCAGCACACCUGUCAUGUGUGUGGACCAGUCGCUGCACUCUGCGGACCACAUGUCUGUGUGGGCCAGUUGUGGGACCAAGAUCCUCUCCUUCUCGUCCGAAUAUGAUGUCUCAAACGCUAUUGAUACGAGAUCCAACCUCUGUUUCCAGCAGCAGCGGCCAUCGUGUCAGAAGCCUGUGUCUAUGUAUCGGUGGUGGCAAAAUAUAUAUACCUGACCCAAAGCUAGAGCCGUUACCUUGGAGGUGUGGGACAAGAAGAGCGAGAAGAUGGUGGACUGCAUCAACUG